AUGCUAAGAAUCAUCGUAAUAAAACCACCUAAAGUAGAAAGUUUUCCCAUAAACCCAACAAAUAUGACUGGGAAAAAUCACUUUGUAAAAUGGUUUCUGGCAUGUUGUGUCGGAGAUUCUUCUUACUUCUCAGAAACAUUGAAGGGUCAAAAACUGGUCGUCUGUUUCUCAACUGAACUUGUACAUUUAUGUAUGAAAGCAAGCCAUAAUUUAUGGGAACGUCUUGAGCUAACUAAAUGUGAUGAGAAACAACUUCAUCAUAAGCUUUAA